GAGAGAGAGAGAGAGAGAGGAGGAGGAGGAGGGUGAGGGAAGCGAAGAGCCGCCUCCUGACGUCUGGAACCUGCUGUGCAAGUGAGCGCAGGCGGCGGUGGCGGAGCCGCUCCUUGUGUCCUCCUCCCCGGGGCGAGAGAAAGGACGAUCCCUCGGUGCGCGGCCAUGGCAGAAGCCCAGCAGCGCCGGAUCCGGAGAGGCUAGGGGAGGCUGACGGUGCGCCCUGGAGCUUGGGUCGGGCGCCCCGCACCUGGCGCAGCGCUGGAGGGCGGAGAGCCGGGGGCCGCCACGCCGGGAUGGUGAAAAGUUGAAGUGCCAAACACCAAAAUGAGUGUGACAUCAUGGUUUCUGGUGAGCAGUGCAGGCAUCCGCCACCGGCUCCCUCGGGAGAUGAUAUUUGUCGGCAGAGAAGACUGUGAGCUGAUGCUCCAGUCUCGCAGUGUGGAUAAGCAACAUGCCGUCAUCAACUACGACAAGGAGAAAGAUGAGCACUGGGUGAAGGAUUUGGGAAGCUUAAAUGGGACUUUUGUGAAUGAUGUGCGGAUUCCAGACCAGAAGUACAUCACGCUAAGACUGAACGAUGUGAUCCGUUUCGGCUAUGAUGCCAACAUGUAUGUGCUCGAACACAUCCAACACAAGGUCCCAGAAGAAGCGCUAAAGCACGAGAAAUACACCAGCCAGCUUCAGAUGAGCUUCAAAAGCGCAGUCAUGAAAAGGGUGGAGCAGCCCUUGGAGCACGGCGGAGAUACCGAGUCGCCCCAAGCGAAGCUGGAGAAAGGCGAGAAGAAAGCAAUUACAGAGACGACAACUACUUACCGCACACCGCUUUACGGCCAGCCAUCAUGGUGGGGGGAAGAUGAUGAAAACAAUAAGUUGGAGUCAGCAGAUGACAGAAGGCAAGAAGAGCCGUAUCCAGAGAGAACAAAAGACAUAGGUCAGCACGCAGAGGAAAUCAAUGGGAACAUCACCGGCUACAGCGAUCCUCAGGGCGACUCUGUCUAUGCCUUCCGGAGGGAGCCUAGUUACUUUGAAAUCCCGACGAAAGAAUUCCAGCAGCCGGUGAAAACUCCAGAGGCCCAAGUCCACGAAAUCCCCACCAAAGACGUUGACGCGGUGGCGCUGCCCGUCGUGCAGAGCCACGCCUCUUUCACCAUAGAGUUUGACGACUGCACCCCGGGUAAAAUAAAGAUAAAAGAUCACGUCACCAAAUUUUCGCUCAGGCAGAGAAGGAACCUCGGCAAAGAAGCCGGCCACGCGGAAAUGAUUUCGGCGGAGAGCAAAGUGGCCGACUGGCUGGUGCAGAACGACCCGAGUCUCAUGAGGAGGCCGUCCCCGGGAGAGGACGUGUACAGUACGAAAAGCGACCUCCCAGUUCACGUCAGGACUCUGAAAGGUAACAGACAUGAAGAUGGAACUCAGAGCGACUCUGAAGACCCAGUAGCCCCCAAAGAAGAUGAGACACCUAGUAAAGAACACCUGGCUGAGCAAGCCCGGCUCCAGCGCCAGAUCCGUCGUGACCCCCAGGAGAUGCUCCACAACCAGCAGGCCUUCGUCAUCGAGUUCUUCGAUGACGACACGCCUCGGAAGAAGAGGUCACAGUCCUUCACGCACAGCGGCCAGUCCAACCAGAACGAUGUGGACCCCGCCUUGAAGACCAAGAUUGAGAAGCGCAAGAUUACCGUGCCCGCGGAGAAACCGGGGAGCUCUGUGCUCUCACCCCAUCUGCCUGCGGCGGGAACCAAGGGGCCAAGCAACUCUUUCACCGCCCCUAGAGCUGGAUCCUUUAAGCGGGAGAAGACGGAGGAGCGGAUCAGCUCGUCGUCGUCGAGGACCUCUGGAAAGAACCACGGCAGCGUGGGGAGAAAGUCGAAGAUCGCUCAGGAUUUUGCUGCGGAGUGUUUAAGGGAGAGCUCUCAAGCUGGGAAAGCUACCGUUGAGAAGCCAGCCCCGACACCGGCGCCGCUCACCCCACGGGUUGUAGCGGUGCCGCCACCAGCACCCGAAAUAGUCCCUGAGCCCGUGGCUGCCGAUCCUAAGUUGGUCAAAGCGAGGAAGCAAGAGGAAGACGACAGCUUGAGCGAAACGGGCACAUAUACCAUUGAGACGGAGUCGCAAGAUAAAGAAGUCGAAGAGGCUCGGAAAAUGAUUGAUCAGGUGUUUGGCGUUUUGGAGUCUCCAGUAUUUUCCAGAAUUUCCCCUGCCUUCAGGCCCGUCAUAAAGGGUGAGAAGGAAGAGCUGGCUCACUUGAUCGGCGAAAACGGCUCAAGCCCCAAGGUGACCAUGAUGCAGGUCAUCGCUUCCAAAGUUGCCAGUGAACAUCAUGCAGAGAUGCAGUUACCAUUAGCAUCUCAAGGUGGUCAGAAAUGGGUAUCGAGAUGGGCAAGCCUUGCAGAUAGCUAUACAGACUCAGGAUCUGCUCCUGGAAUUGGGGAUCCUCACCUGCAGGGCCCCCUCUCUCAGGCUGGCAUAGAAAAGGACUGCGGUUCUAGAGUGGCAGAGUCUGAGAGCUCCCUGGCGUUACGGACGAGGCGUCUCCUUCCUCCGCUCCCUCCGGGUGACAAGCCGGAAAGCCCAACACCAACCAUUUUGAUUUGUCCAGAGGCAUAUUCCGACGUUUCACCAAGGAACGCUGCUAACAGCCACGUAGCAGAAAUGUUUGUGGAUCCCGCCAGCCGGCUGGCGGUUAGGGAAGAUUUGGAUCCUGAUAGCCUUAGUGACGCCAGCAAAUCUGACGACGGCUUCGGCUUGGAAAGACGCAGGAGGAGCCACAACAGCACCAAAACAUUGGAGCAGAACCAGGGAAAGGCGGAAAACGAGAAAGCCAAAAACCACCAGCACACGGUGCCAAGGCUUUCUGGUCUGAGAGCCUCCAGCGACCCUCUGUCGACAUCUUUCUACAUUGGCGACGAGGAAGAGGAAGUCGGGGUUCCUUCGAAACUUCCUUCCAGCAUUUCUCCUUCUCAGGCGGAAAAAGAAGAGGCUCUUUACAUGUGUGGGAAGCCGGCGGCCAAAGGUGUCAGCAAUACCUAUAUCAGCUCCAACGGGAAAAUGGUGAUUUCGUUGCACCAGGGGCUUCCGCUUCCGGAGCAAGAAGCCGUCGCUGCAAAAGAAGCGUCGUCCUUUGUCCGGCAGGAAAGCUUUACCAAAGAGAAAUCGAGCAGCAGCGUUCCUCAAAACCGGCUACCGCAUAUCUCAAGCCACCCUUUGCUCAAAGAUCUCGAUGUCACCCGGGCAAAUCGCAUGGACUAUAACCCAGACACCCACCUCCUCCUUAAAGAUACUGAAACUGCUCUGGCAGCCCUGGAAGCCAAAAUACUCUGCCAAACCAACCAGCUCGACACUCUUGAAAAUUCCCCAGGGCAGUUGGAAGAUUCCUUGUCCGGAGAAUCUGACGUGGACACGGGUAGCACCGUCAGCUUGGUGAGUGGCAAAAAUUUACCGAGUCACUCGCCGAAGGGCAAACCCGCAGCAACCUUGCAAAAAGAGAAGCCUUCUUCCACGCCUUCUGCCCAAGAUCAGAGUCUUCAACCGAGCGCAAGGGAGCGGCUUUCAGAAAAGCGGAAAACUCUUCCGCUUGAGGCAGGGAGCAAAAGCGAAAAUGUGAGACGCUUCCAAGUUAAGCGUAGCCCAGGGACCAGUGGCUCCCUGGACUAUACAGAUGAUGAACGAAGUAGUGGCCUCCCAUAUCCGCCAGCGAAUGAAAUAGCCUCCUCUGACCAAGAGCAAUCCACCUCGAGGCCCGUCUCCAGGAAGAAGCCCUUCUCGCAGUCCACCAAAGAGGAACACAGCAAAGUGACGCCCACGGUGCAAAAGAUCCAGCAGGUUCUCACCAGGUCCAAUAGUCUGUCUACCCCGAGGCCCACGAGAGCCUCCAAACUUCGCCGGGCCCGGUUGGGGGACACCUCGGACAACGAGAGCGCCGACACCGAGAAAGCAACGCCUAACCACGAAGGAACGGCGGCGCCUUCCAAGCAGCCGGCGGAGGCCAAGAAGCUGUCGAGGCUCGACAUCCUGGCCAUGCCGAGGAAACGGGCGGGGUCUUUCACUGUGCCAAGCGACUCGGAGAGCGCACCAGCGAGGCCAACAUUCUCCGGGCGCAGCGCAGAGUCGUAUUAUUCUACCCGGAAGCCCCCCGUGUCGGAAGCCAGGAAUGCUGCUAGGAAAACGGCAGCGGCAGUCGCUGCUUCGAAGCAGCCUUUCGGCAGAACACGCUCCAGCAGUGUCAAAUACUCCUCUUCUUCUACUUCAAGGCGGCGGGCGCAGGGCUCAGAUUACACUUCCACUUCCGAGGAGGAGUAUGGCUCAAACCACAGCUCCCCUAAACACAAACGCUCCCAUACUUCAACAGCCACCCAGACGCCCAGGACCCGGGGCUCCGGGAUGAAUAAGCAGAAGCACAGCAACAGCAGGGAGACGGAAGAUGAAGACUACGACGAUCACGACCCCUACAACUUCAUCGCGCAGACGGCAGAGAUUGCCGAAAUCGCCAGAUUGAGCCAGACCUUGGUGAAGGACGUAGCGAUCCUUGCUCGAGAGAUUCAUGACGUUGCUGGAGAUGGAGAUUCCCAGAGCUCAUCGGGAACGGGGCCAAGCACCUCCCACAGUUCUGUGCCUAACACCCCUGCCUCUACCAUAUCAGCAAGGGAAGAGCUGGUGCAGCACAUACCAGAAGCAAGCCUGAACUACCAGAAGGUGCCUCCUGGCUCAACGGGAUUCCACGAUUUUGACCAAAAUAUGAAUGACAGCCGAGAAGAGGACCUCACGAGGAAAACAAGGAUGAGAAACAGGGAAGAGGUAAUCUUUGACAACUUGAUGCUGAAUCCAGUAUCCCAGUUAUCCCACGCCAUCCGGGAAAACACAGAAAACCUGGCGGAGAAAAUGAAAAUUCUGUUCCAGAAUACUGAGCGGACAUGGGAGGAGAUGGAGGCCAAGAUUAACUCCGAAAACGAAGUGCCAAUCCUAAAGACCUCAAACAAGGAAAUCAGCUCUAUUUUGAAGGAGCUCCGUCGAGUCCAGAAACAACUUGAAGUUAUAAAUGCCAUCAUUGACCCGAGUGGAAACUUGGAUGUGCUCGCCAAUAACAAAAUGUCUUCUGCUACGCCACAGUCUGUGGCGGCUAAAAUCAGGACUGCUAACAACAUUUCCGGGUCCAUGUUGGAGGCGUUGUCGCCUGUCAAGAAGAGAAAUUACGUGCAGAAAUCAAACUUUGGCUCUGCUAGCCUGCAGGAUGCUACGUUUGUUCCAGAUGGGGAGAAAUACGUGAUCUAGCAAGAAAGUUUUCUAUCGCUUUCCCUCUUGUAUGUAAUUUGCCGUGGCGUUAGUGUUGUGUACGAGUGGUUGUGGGCAAGUCCUUGUGGAGCAGUUGUUUAGAUUGCUAACACAUUGCACAAAAGAAAAGACAACAAAACGAAAAGGUGCAAUCUCUGAUGUGUGAGCACAAGUGGCAGGCCUAUGUAUACGCCUUUUGGAAGGGGCAAAAAUGGACGAGCACUGUGGAACAGCACAUAUUCAGCACAGAGGCAAAAAGCAAGUGAUGCAUAAUUUCUCCAAUGUGCCAUAGCAAACAGGCUUUGCGUAUUCUUCACACUGUACUGCCGAAGCUCUGAUAUGUUAUUGUAUUUAGCCUGUUUAUAGCUGUCUGUUUUAGUUGUAUAGAGGCUCCAUUUUGAAAAUGUACCUUUUGGGGGCAGUGGCUGGCUGUUGCUGUAUAUUUAAUUUUAAAUACAAAUCGUUAAAUGGUUCAGCCAAAACUGAUUCCCCCUCCCAUGCUUGUCAGCUGAGCAAUGCAGCGUGGAAGUCUUUUUUUCUUUUUCAUUUCAGAGAUCCAAGAGCAGUUAACUUGCAAACAUCUCCAAAAAGGAAACCAAGAUGACAUUGAAUCAUUCCACUUCCAAUCACACAGCUUUUAUGAUUCCACUGGGAAUGAGUAAUAAAGAUUACAGAUGAUGGAGAGGCAGUGAUUAAGUUUGCAUUUUUGAUUCCCUUAUUGUAAUCAGUAAAAAAAGAGAGAGAGAGAGAGAGGAUGAAAUUCAGGUGCAGAGGAGGAGGCAAAUUAGUCACAAGGUCAGGAUUUUGUAUAGUGAAGUUGCCAAAUUUGUACUAUUUCAUGGCAGCUGCUUCAUAACUAAGUUUUCAGGUGGUCAAAAUGUGUUUUUAAUGCAGUCCACAAAGUCUCCUGUUUACUGCAUAGAAUUCUGAAGGCACUAAAGAAUUGAGUAUUCCAUGUGCGAGCAAUUAAGAUUUUGAUCAUAACUCACCAUCCUGUGCUUCUAAAUCUCAUUGACAUGCAUAGGAAGUUUAAGAGUGUAGGAGUUGAGCUGCUUUUUGCACUCAUAGGAAUCCUGUCUUGAGCCUCGUUCCUCACCCUGCGAUGCAUGCUAAAUGGAGGCCUCCUUAAUAGAGCUUUGUCUUGUGUUGCCUCCAACUUCCUUGGGUUUUCUCAUGCAGAUCUGUUGAGCCAGCAAGACCCUGGACUACACUCUUUUGUGAAUGGCCAGCUUGUCAAUCAUUUGGUGAUGGCCAGCAGGGCAGCGAUAUCACCGAUCGCAGGCACGGCAGCUUCUGCAGUAACUCCUGGUCUCCCCAAAAUGCAGGCUGGCACUAAUAAAAGUUGCCGCAAAUCGUGGUGAGAUUCCAACUUUUUACUGCCUUACGUUGAUCGCAUGAAUGUGGAUUUCAGGAGUCCGUCUUAGAAGCAUCCCACCUGGGGUUUCCAUAGGUGGGUUGAGAGUUCACCCUCAUGUUGUCUCUGUUACCUUAUUUGCUCCCAUUUUGUACGUUGUGUCAAGCAUUCCUACCAAGAUGAAUGGGGAGCUGGCAAAUCCGGGCAAGCUACUGUAUAAUGGUGAAUGUAUUGCUCUCGCUCUCUCCCUGCACACGCACAAACAGCUGAAACCUCAGUUUACUUCAAGCACUGUGGCCACCCUGUGACUGUUGAAUCCAGAUAUGUGAGCUCUUCUGGCUAGUAAGAAUUAAGUGAGUUGAGUGGCUGGCUUUUAAAUACAGUAUUAUUGAAAUGAUCUUAUACUUCCACCAAUGCAAUCUCGGAUAAUGCCAAGGAUAGUUUUGCAACAAUUCUGAGGUGCAUGCUAAUAAAAACACAAUUUUAAAAUUAAUAAUAAUAAUUUUAAAAAUUCAUUGUUUUCCACUCCCACUUGCCAAAUUAGUGCUUGCUGACUGGGAGGGGGGGUGCACUUAUUGAGAUGCCAGUUAAUUUUUUUCUAUUAUAAAAUUCCUCUUUUGCCUAAGUAGCUAAAAAAAAUAAGGAACGUGCGUCUUUAUUGUGAAAAAGACAGUACUGAGCUCUGCAGACAUUUUGUGUUACAACUCCUGGGGGUUGAUAGGAGUUGUAGGCCAAAACAUCUGGAAGGCUGGUGAAGGCUAAGCUAGGUGGACUAAUGAUGCAAACCAGCACCACCUAUCAUAGCUGCCAAGUUUUCCCUUUUCUCGCGAGGAAGCCUAUUCAGCAUAAGGGAAAAUCCCUUAAAAAAAGGGAUAACUUGGCAGCUAUGCCACCUAUGAUUUCUGGUGGUAGAAAGAUAAUUCUUUUUAGUUAUAGGUAGGUAGCCGUGUUGGUCUGACGUAGUCAAAACAAAAUAAAAAAAAUUCCUUCCAGCAGCACUUUAGAGAUCAACUAAGUUUGUCAUUGGUAUGAGCUUUCGUGUGCAUCUAGGUAUCUGAAGAAGUGUGGGACGCAGGUGGCACUGUGGGUUAAACCACUGAGCCUAGGGCUUGCCGAUCAGAAGGUCAGCGGUACGAAUCCCUGCGAUGGAGUGAGCUCCCAUUGCUCGGUCCCAGCUCCUAGCAGUUCGAAAGCAUGUCAAAGUGCAAGUAGAUAAAUAGGUACCGCUCCAGCGGGAAGGUAAACGCCGUUUCUGUGUGCUGUUCUGGUUCUCCAGAAGCGGCUUUGUCAUGUUGGCCACAUGACCCAGAAGCUGUAUGCCUGCUCCCUCGGCCAAUAACACGAGAUGAGCGCCGCAACCCCAGAGUCGGUCACGACUGGACCUAAUGGUCAGGGGUCCCUUUACCUUUAGGUUUUAUGUAUUCAUCCUAAGUCUGGAAAAUUGUAUGCAAAAUAUCUUAACGCUGCCAGGUAGUGGAUCUUGUGUCCAUCUUUUUGAAAAUGAAUGGAAUGGAAUGAUUUCCCCGGGGGAGGGGGCGCUGUUAGUCUGAUGAUCCCCAGUUGCUGUAGAUGGGGGUUGGGAAAGGGGGUGGUUGUUGUUGUUGUUGUAGGUGGGAACCUACUGGUAUUGUGGGCCUGGGGAUAGUGGAUGUACUGUAUUCAAUAGAGAAGACGGCUAGUCCAUUAAAUGGAAUUUGUUUAAAGCAAUGCUAUAAGAUGGCAGGAGGCAAAGUGGUCUGGCAAGUGAACAACAUAUUCAGCCUCCCUAUGUUUCUCUAACUGUGGAAGAUCCAUGGUUUUAGUUUUAUGGCAUGCGUCUUUCUUAGAUAAGUUGGCUGUGUAACUUAGAAUAACAAAUGGUGCCAUUGCUGUAGAGACACAGCAGUAAAGAUUUCCAAAGCUCUUCUUAUUUACAGAAGGAUCCAGUAAGUUGCACAUUCAGUUAUUUAGGUCAAAUCCACACCAUACAGGGACCCAGGUGGCGCUAUGGUUAAACCACUGAGUCUAGGGCUUGCUGAUCAGUAGGUCGGUGGUUCGAAUCCCUGUGACGGGGUGAGCUCCCGUUGCUUGGUCCCAGCUCCUGCCAACCUAGCAGUUCGAAAGCACAUCAAAGUGCAAGUAGAUAAAUAGGAACCACUACAGCGGGAAGGUAAACGGCGUUUCCAUGUGCUGCUCUGGUUUGCCAGAAGCGGCUUUGUCAUGCUGGCCACAUGACCUGGAAGCUAUACGCCGGCUCCCUCAGCCAAUAAUGCGAGAUGAGCGCGCAACCCCAGAGUCGGUCACGACUGGACCUAAUGGUCAGGGGUCCCUUUACCUUUACCUUUUACCACACCAUACAUUUAAAGGGCAUGGCUUUCCGCCGAAGAUUCCCGGGAACUGUAGUUUUACCCUUUCCAGAGGUACGAUUCCCAUCAAACUGCAGUCCCCAGGAUUCUUUGGGAGAAGCCAUGUGCUUUGAAUGUAUGGUGUGGAUAGGACCUUAGUUCUCCCCUCUUCUGUUGCACAUGGAGGGGGGGGGUGUUUGCCAACUCAGCUUAGGGUGCAUCCAGCCAUGUUAGAGAGACGUCAACUGUUGAUCUCGGCAUGUGGUCAGCCGAUUUGUUCCUGUCUGUGAAAUCAAUAAACCACGUGGGAAUGGUGGGGCACAUCAAAUUCACCUAAACACCCACAUCAGGGCUGUCCCACAAGAGACUGAGAAGAGGCUGUAACCUGGUCAAUGCUUGUCUGUAUCCACUUGGUUUUUUUAGGCUAAGAUAUUUUUUGCCUCCCCCUUGAUCAAGUUAUUCAGUAAUAUAUUCCAGGACUUUGAAAUAAUGGGCAAACCCAGAGGCUGGAACACACAAUCUUUUCACUUCCCCAGUUCUUCCCCAUGAUCAAACAGAGAUGCCACACAACACGGUGUUUGCCAACACCAAGUCUAAAUGUGAUUCUCUUUUAAUAUAAUGCUGUAAUUUUUAUUUUUUAUUUAAACACAGGCUUAGUUUGAACAAGCUUAGAAGACUCUUAGGGAAGGAGGAUAAUAUUUGUCAAUCUCUUGGAUAUUCCCACAUAGGUUGUAAUGCUUUUGUAGGGUCUACAGAUGUAGACCCAAACUACACUGUAGUUUACCUUU